AUGGACGGAUACAACGGAGUCGGGAAAAUCAGAAAUAUACCUCUUAUAUGCACCGUCUGCCCAGAGUCUCCCAGGUUCUCGGAUGUUUCCCAUUUGCUCACACAUAUUGCAUCAAAGGGCCACUUGCACCACGAAACACAGACGAAGCUCAGGGCCCAUCAAGAUUUGGUCGCAGCAGUUAUCUUGCAACAAUAUGAACUGUGGUAUGCGGAAAAUGGAAUCGAAGCUCUCCUUGUUGAACGCUUGAAAGCGAAGCAACUUAAGGAAGCUAUGAAGAGCCGCAUGCAUCGUGCGAAUACCACGAGCAAACCUGCAUAUCCGACAUCCAGGACCAAAAAGCGAUCCAGGCGGACCCCCAACGCCUCCAGCGAAUACGCCGCCCCUGACUUGGCAGAGGCUAUUCCGAUAUACCCUGGCUUAUUUGCCGAGGCGAACGACCCAGAAAUACCAGAAGAAGUGCUGCUGCAGAAUAAUGAUAUGUUAUCGCUCAAAGGCCAGAUAUGGCCAGGCAUGGGCAAAAUGGAUUUGGCCAAUGAAGAUAUGAAACGCACUAGAAACCAGCGAAAGCCGAAAUCCGCAAUUGACAAGAUGCGUCGAACCUCCGAAGGCAUCGAGCCCACACAGUUCUUCUCCAAUACCUGGACAAGAAGAAGCAACACCACCUCCCCCAAAGCGAACCACCAAAGCAAAAAAAAAGCGAGAGCCUCUGGCGGACCUUUCAACAAAUAUGCCAGUCGGACGCGCGAACCGGGUCAAUCCGAAUUUAUCCACAAGGACAGCCGGGCAACCGAGAACGCAAGCUCAUGCAUUGGAGUCCGCCUAUGCCACCAACUUCUCUGUUAG